AUGCGUUCUCCUCAGCCGUCCAAGGCCCGAAAGGAGGCAAAUCCCCUUGCGAAAUUGACGCGGGUCUUCCAAAGUGUCCUCCGACGAACAGUCAAGGGUUUUUUUUGGGUGGGGGAGGCACAGAACGACGGCCUCCCCGACAUUUCCCCCGUUGCCUGGCGAUGCUUCGAUCCCGAAUUCCCCGCGGCGUUUUUCCGCAUCCAUGCCUUUGCCGCCACAAUUUUCCCAGGCUUUCCGAGUUUUUUCUCCGUCUGGGGGUUCGCCCCCUGUGGCGUGUGCCCCCCAACAACAAAAAAACCCAAACCCCAAAACGUG